UUUGUGUCAUUCUUAUCAUUUUACUCCUUAGCAUUGUUAUUGCUCUUCUUUUCAUGCAUUGUUCACGAGCGGUCUUAUCUACACCAGUAUUAUUCCGCUCUUAAAAACCAAUAAAUCGAAAAAGUGAAAGCUUUAUCAGCUGUUAGCCGAUUCAAGGGCUUUAGUCGAAGUUUGUUCUUUGGAUCGGUAGGUAGAUUCCACGGAAUCUAUGAACAACUUGUUAAAAAUGAGUCCACGCCAACUCUUCCUCAUGUCCUCGUCGGUUGUCCACGGUUACGAGUACCUGCAACAUGCGGAGAAUGACAUGAGCGCAUACCUCAAGAAAAAUAACGUCAACAAAGUACUGUUCAUACCCUACGCCCUAACUAGUCACGACAGCUACACGGAGAAGGUAGGCACGGUACUGAAAAGGUGGGGUUUCGACUACGAAGGUAUCCAUCGUGCCGCGGACCCGGUCCGAGCAGUGAACGAAGCCCAAGCGAUCUACAUUGGCGGUGGUAACACAUUUCUCCUGCUUAAAUCUCUGUACGACGAAGCACUGAUCGAACCUAUUCGCAAUAGAGUGCUAAACCAUUCCGUCCCGUACGUUGGCAGUUCGGCUGGGACGAAUGUGGCAACGCGGAGUAUUCACACCACGAACGACAUGCCGAUCAUUUGUCCGCCUAGUUUUAAUGCACUGGCACUGGUCCCGUUUAAUAUUAAUCCACACUAUCUGGAUCCGGAGGUGGGUGGAACGCAUAAAGGUGAAACGAGGGAGGAACGAAUUUUGCAGUUUCACGAACUGAACGAUGCUCCGGUGUUGGGAUUGCGGGAAGGAUCUACGCUGCUGGUGGAUGGGGAUCGUGCGACGUUGAUUGGGUUGCGCCCGGCACGGCUCUUCUGGCGGGGAAGUGAACCGGAGGAGUUUCAAAGUGGAGCGGAUUUGAGUUUUUUGUUGAAGGGGUGAGGUUUGGAGGGCUCUGGGAAGUGGAGUAAAUUGGGGUU